UUUAGUCAUUAAGGAUUGCGAACUGAUAACCGGUACACGCGUACACAUUCAACUACUGUUUUACAAUAAUGACUUCAUAUAUUAUUUAUUUAAUCCAAAAGUAACACAGCAUUACAAUUUACACUGAGGCACUGAGAAACUACAGAAUAAAAUACAAUACACAAUCAGAACAAUAACAACAGAAUAUAUCAAAAUGUGUAUGUGUAAAUUGUGUGUGAAAGUUCAAAUUUGACCAAAAUGUUUGUGUGCGGUGGAUAAAAAUUGUGACUUUAAACCUCAACUUUGAUGUUAAUAAAUAGAACACAAUAACAUAAGAUUUACAAUAAAUGUGGAUGAAUGGGGUCAGUAAUAUCAUACACAGAUAGAGGUUAAAAGGGCAAGAUUAAGUUCGAUAACAUCUUUCGAUAUUUUGUCGUUAACAAGAACGAUUAGUGUGGUUCGUGUGUUUAUAGAACAAAGUGUUUAAAAACUGUGUCUCUAGAAAACAAUUUCACAAAGUACACAUUCAAAUUAUAAUUCAGUAUUUGGCAAACUUAAGUCUUAAAACGAACAAAGGAUUUCACGGAAUACGGAACAAAGGAUUUCAAAACUGUGUUUUUAGGACAUCAUUAGAUCAAAGUCUACUAAAAUCCAAUUAGGACAAUCUUUUUUCUACUAAAAUUCAAAACAAACAGUCGAUAACCUCAUUUGACAUUUGGUUAAUGUGGCCAUCAAUGUAUGCACAAAAAAAGAAAAACAAAAACAUUAAUAAAUAUUAUACGGACAAUCGGAUUGGCUAAGUCUCACGAAGCAAAAAAGGUUGUCUUCAGCUCCACGAAAUUGUAAAUUCAAAUAAAGAAUAAGAUGACUGAACUGAACAUCAUUGACCUUUUUGAUAUUUGGUCAAAUUGAAGCAAAGAUGAGUGAAGAUAAAAGGAGUAUGAACUUGGACCGGAUCUUGGUGGAAGAAGUGGGGCAAUGGGGAAGGUUCCAGCUGAAAGCCGUGGUGCUGUGUGCCCUGGUAGCCAUCAUGGGUGGACUGCAGUGCUAUGUGUACCUGUUCACUGUUGUCAAGGUCAAAACAAGAUGCCUCAUCCCUGAGUGUGAGGCGGGGGACCCUGUGUUCUCCCCGCCAUGGCUCCCGCACGCGGUGCCACCGUCCGGCAACUCCUUCGACAGCUGCCACCGCUUUCCGGCGAGGACAGGGAACACCUCUGAUUCCUGUCCUGCUGAUUGGUUCAUUACGAACGAGUCGGUUAGGUGCGAGGAGUACGUUUAUGAGCACAAAAACUCCGCUUACUAUGAGUUCGGCUUGGCUUGCGAUGAAUGGCUGCCCACCCUCGUAGGCUCUGUGCGCACGGUGGGCUACAUGCUCUGCCUACCCAUCAUGGGACUAGUCACAGACCGAUGGGGCCGCAGACUUGCCCUCUCUCUUGCAGCGUUUUAUGUGGCUUGUGUUGGCUCCUCGACUUAUUUUGCUGGAUCGUACAUGAGCUAUAUAACGUUGUCGUUUGCGGAGCAACUGAUAGGAGCGUGGGUUUUCCCGUGUUCUUAUGUUCUAGCUGUGGAAUACGUCGGACCAAAGUACCGAAUGUUCACUGGUGCUACUAUCAGCACAAGCCUUGCAGUUGGAGAAAUCCUUAUAGGAUUCAUGGCCUGGUUGCAGCCUUAUUGGAGACACCUGAUCCUUAUUCUCUACAUGCCUGAGUUUAUCUUCAUCACCUAUAUCUGGAUCGCACCGGAAUCCGUUCGUUGGUUAAUAAGCAAAGGCCGCUACGAAGAAGCUUUGACCAUCUUGGAAAAAGCAGCUAAAACUAAUGGGAAAGUUCUAUCAGAGAAAACUUUAAAAGAAUUUUCGGACGUAAAACCAAUUGAGAGUAAAGAGAAAGCUUCGGAGCCUUGGUUAAUUUGUCAGAUUUUCAAGCAUAAGACGAUAUUGUUGCGUUGCUUGAUAACUCCGAUAUGGUGGUUGACGUCCAUUUUGAUGUACUACGGGCUGACGAUAGCGUCGGUGGGCAUCUCGGGCGACAAGUACGUGAACUACACGGCGUCGGUGGCCGUGCAGGUGCCGGGCUACUGGGCCGCCGUGCUGCUCAUGGACAGGAUCGGGAGGAAGGCUCUGGUCUCGACGGGAUUCUUGAUUAGUGGAGCUUGUCAGAUCGCCUUUAUAUUUGUCCCGGGAGGGAAUUACUGGCUGUCCCUCUCAGUGUACCUGAUCGGGAAGAUGUGUAUCGCUGGCGUGACGACGUCGCUCUACGUGUAUACCGCGGAGCUGUACCCCACGAGGUACAGGACCAGUCUGCUGGCGUACUCCUCCAUGAUAGGAAGGGUGGGGGGGAUCUUGGCUCCGCUGAUGCCGGGACUAGCAGCAGUGGUGUGGGAGCAGCUCCCGUUCGUGGUGUUCGGCGCGCUGGCACUAGUCUCUGGAAUGCUGGUGCUGCUGGCGCCCGAGACGCUCGGCGCUCCGCUGCCGGACUCCAUGGAGGAGGCCGCCGACCUCGGCAGGCGGCAGUAGUGUGGGGGCAGCUUCCGUUCGUGGUGGCCUCCAUGGAGGACACCGCAGAACUUGCCACUACCAGCCGUUUCACUUUGUGUGGCAGUAGGAGAAAAAGUUAUAAUGUUAAUUGAUAAAUAUUUUUUUUGCGCCUUAA